AUGUUGUUCAGUGAUGGUGCAAUCCGACAACAGGACGGUAAUCUCUUACCUGAGAAAUCAGCGAGGAACACGGUCAAUCGUUCUUCUAGAAGCAACAACUUGAAGUUAGCCGACAGUGUAGACGUGACGCUUCAUGCUUUCUAUCUGCCUGAUCGCUACUAUAUAAUAGCCGAUUGCCUAUCGUGCGGAAACGGGCUUCCAAAUUGGCACCUCAAGGGGAAUGUUGUGAAAAAGCUUUUCAAGAAAUGGGGUACCCCUCAAGUGGAGUUUUUCGCCACGAGUCAGUCAACGGUUGUUCCAGCUUAUGCGUCAAUAGAGGCAAUCAUUUUCAGCCGAGAUUGGCAAUACAAUCUUGCUCGGGUUUUUCCACUGCCGCCCCUGAUCCCCAGGGUGCUUCGUCAUCUCAACAAAGUCGUCGGGGACUUUUCUUGUAGUAGUUCCUCGAUGGGAAUCAGUGAUCUGGAGAAACGACUUGAAGCGACGGGCUCUGGGGGCUCCUUCUCAAAUUCG